AUGGGCUUCGAUGCAAGAAUCGACGAGUCCAGAGACAAGAUUGGCGAAAAGCUUAAGCGCAGAAUCACUUGUCCAGUUUGUACCUUUAUUUUGGAGGAUCCUGUUUCCCUGUUUUGCUGCGGUGGCCACGUAUGUUCCGAAUGCUACGAAGAUGUUUCAACCUGUCCGCGUUGCCGAAAAGCAAACUUUAAAGCGAUAAAGGGGCGACUGAUGAUGGACGUAUUAAGCACUAUCAAGCUCAUUUGUCCGAAUUCCGCCUGCCGAACUUCUCUCCUAUACGACAAUUUCCAGGAGCACAAGAAGAAUUGUUUCGCACUCCGUGACGAGAGAUGCCCGGAAUGCGAUCGGGCUAUUUCGAUGAGCAAGUUCCACCUGCAUUUCAAGUGUUUUCAGAAAAUGGCAGAGGACAAAAAAGCUCUGAUGGACGAGUGCCUUUCAAAGCGGUAUUGGAUGAAGUUCACGAAAGCACUGGAGCCGUGA